AUGACAGAAGGUAGUGAAGGAUUUCGGGUCAGCAGUGCACGUAUGAGUGCAAGAUUAAGUAGUUCAAACAUAUGGAGAAACAGUGGGAGGGAAAUUUUUUCGAGAUCAUCAUUGGAGGCAGAUGAUGAAGAAGCACUGAAAUGGGCUGCUCUAGAGAAACUCCCGACAUAUCUUCGAGUAAGGAGAGGGAUACUUACAGAAGAAGGGGGACAACCAAGAGAAAUUGAUAUAACAAAUCUUGGACUAGUAGAGAGAAAAAAUCUUGUGGAGAGGCUAUUGAACAUUGCAGAGGAAGACAAUGAGAAGUUCUUGUUAAAACUGAAAAAACGCAUUGACAGAGUUGGUCUUAAUCUUCCAACUAUAGAAGUUCGGUUCGAGCAUUUAAAUGUUGAUGCAGAAGCUUAUGUUGGCAGCAGAGCUUUGCCUACAAUAUUCAACUUCACUGUUAAUAUGUUGGAGGGUUUUUUUAGUUAUCUUCAUAUUCUCCCAAGUCCAAAGAAACCAUUGCCAAUUCUUCAUGACGUCAAUGGAAUCAUCAAGCCUGGAAGAAUGACAUUGCUUUUAGGGCCACCAACUUCUGGCAAAACUACAUUGCUGUUAGCAUUGGCAGGGAAACUUGACACGCAAUUAAAAGCAUCAGGAAGAGUAACAUACAACGGUCGUGAAAUGCACGAGUUCGUACCACAAAGAACAUCAGCUUAUAUAAGUCAGCAUGACCUGCACAUAGGAGAAUUGACAGUUAGAGAAACAUUAGCAUUUUCAGCAAGAUGCCAAGGAGUUGGAGAUCGUUAUGCUAUGUUGAAAGAAUUAUCAAGAAGAGAAAAGGAGGCAAAUAUUAAGCCGGAUCCUGAUAUUGAUAUUUUCAUGAAGGCAGCAUCAAUUGAAGGGCAGGAGUCAAGUGUUGUAACAGAUUACAUUAUCAAGAUCUUGGGGCUUGAAGUUUGUGCGGAUACCUUGGUUGGAGAUGAAAUGGUUCGCGGGAUUUCAGGAGGACAGCGAAAGAGACUGACAACAGGGGAAAUGAUGGUCGGACCGUCGAGAGCACUUUUCAUGGAUGAGAUAUCGACUGGUUUGGACAGUUCAACGACUUACCAGAUAGUAAAUUCAAUAAGGCAGUCUAUCCACAUUCUUCAAGGAACUGCUAUAAUCUCACUCCUGCAGCCUGCACCGGAAACAUACGACUUAUUUGAUGACAUAGUUCUUUUAUCAGAUGGACAAAUUGUGUAUCAAGGUCCCCGUGAAAAUGUACUAGAAUUCUUCGAGUAUAUGGGAUUCAGAUGCCCCGAGAGAAAAGGAGUAGCAGAUUUUCUUCAAGAAGUGACAUCAAGGAAAGAUCAAGGGCAGUAUCGGGCACGUAGAGAUGAACCUUAUUCUUAUGUUUCUGCCAAAGAAUUUUCUGAAGCAUUUCAGUCUUUCCAUGUUGGACGGAAACUUGGCGAUGAACUUUCCAUUCCUUUCGACAAGGAAAAGAAUCAUCCAGCUGCCCUAACCACAAAAAAAUACGGUGUUAACAAGAAGGAACUUUUACGAGCGUGCAUAUCCAGAGAGUACCUUCUUAUGAAGAGGAAUUCAUUUGUCUACAUAUUCAAGAUGAUUCAACUUAUCCUUAUGGCUAGCAUAUCCAUGACGGUAUUUCUACGCAUCAAGAUGCCCAAGAAUACAGUAACGGAUGGUGGGAUUUUCAUGGGUGCUCUCUUUUAUGCAGUUAUUAUGAUUAUGUUUAAUGGAUUUUCAGAGCUUGCCCUCAGUAUUAUGAAACUUCCGGUCUUUUACAAGCAACGGGACCUUCUCUUUUUUCCUCCAUGGGCAUACUCUUUGCCUGCGUGGAUUCUGAAAAUUCCAGUCACACUUGUUGAAGUUGCAAUUUGGGUGUUUCUGACUUAUUAUACUUCAGGAUUUGAUUCUGAUGCAGGAAGGUUUUUCAAACAAAUACUACUGCUCAUAUGUGUUAACCAGAUGGCAUCUGCACUCUUCCGUUUCAUGGGAGCGAUAGGAAGAAAUAUCAUAGUUGCAAACACAUUUGGAUCUUGUGCAUUACUCACAGUUCUUGUAAUGGGUGGAUUCAUCUUAUCACGAGACGAUAUAAAAAGUUGGUGGAUAUGGGGUUACUGGUUCUCGCCUUUGAUGUAUGCACAGAAUGCUAUAGCAGUGAACGAAUUUCUUGGAAAAAGUUGGGGCCAUGUUCCUCCAGGCUCGACAGAAUCAGUCGGGGUAUCAGUCUUGAAGUCUCGGGGGAUUUUUCCGGAAGCACGUUGGUACUGGAUUGGCUUAGGAGCUCAGAUUGGAUAUAUUUUCCUGUUCAAUUUCUUAGUGAUCUUGGCUCUAACUUAUCUCAACCCAUUCGGAAAACCCCAAGCAAUUUUAUCAGAAGAAACUUUAGCAGAAAGAAAUGGCAGCAAAAGAGGCGAAACUGUUGAACUAUCAUCCAGAACGAAAAGCACUUCAGGACGGGAGAUUGAUUCUCGCCACAGUAUAUCAUCAAGGUCAAUGUCAUCAAGAGUUGGCAGCAUUAAUGAAGCAGAUCCAAACAGGAAGAGAGGAAUGGUUUUACCCUUCGAACCUCUUUCACUCACUUUUGAUGAUAUCCAUUAUGCAGUAGAUAUGCCAGAGGAAAUGAAAGCUCAAGGAAUUGAAGAGGAUCGACUAGAGCUUUUGAAAGGUGUCAGCGGUGCAUUCCGGCCAGGAGUUUUGACGGCUCUGAUGGGCGUUAGUGGGGCUGGAAAGACGACUUUAAUGGAUGUGUUGGCUGGUAGAAAAACAGGUGGAUAUAUUGAUGGAAGGAUCACGAUAUCAGGGUACCCAAAGAAGCAAGACACGUUUGCACGCAUAGCAGGCUACUGCGAACAAACUGACAUUCACUCUCCUCAUGUUACAGUGUAUGAAUCCUUGCAGUUUUCUGCAUUGCUUCGUUUACCUCCAGAAGUCAAUACUGCAACACGAAAGAUGUUCAUUGAAGAGGUCAUGGAGUUAGUCGAGCUUACUCCAUUGAGGGAAGCACUCGUAGGGUUGCCUGGAGUGAAUGGUCUUUCAACCGAGCAACGGAAGAGAUUAACCAUAGCAGUGGAGCUCGUAGCCAACCCGUCCAUUAUUUUUAUGGAUGAGCCAACCUCGGGGCUCGAUGCUAGGGCUGCUGCCAUUGUAAUGAGAACAGUGAGAAACACAGUGGAUACAGGUCGGACUGUGGUAUGCACCAUCCACCAACCUAGCAUCGACAUAUUUGAUGCUUUUGAUGAGCUACUACUACUAAAACGUGGAGGCGAAGAAAUAUAUGUUGGGCCAUUGGGAAGGCACUCAUCUGAGCUCAUCAAAUACUUCGAGGGAAUCGAUGGAGUCCAUAAAAUUAAAGACGGUUAUAAUCCAGCAACAUGGAUGCUAGAGGUAACUUCAACAGCACAAGAAGCAACUCUUGGAGUUAAUUUUGCAGAACUGUACAAGAGCUCAGAACUACACAGGAAAAACAAAGAAUUGAUCGAGGAACUCAGUAAACCAUUUCCUGGUUCAAAAGAUUUAUAUUUCCCUAGUAAGUAUGCACAGUCUUUCCUCACCCAAUGCAUGGCUUGCCUUCGGAAACAGCACUGGUCAUAUUGGCGAAAUCCACCUUACACUGCAGUGAGACUUCUAUUUACAACGUUUAUAGCUGUAAUGUUCGGAACCAUAUUCUGGGAUCUUGGAUCCAAAAGGCAAAAGAAGCAAGAUCUCUUCAAUGCCAUGGGUUCCAUGUAUGCUGCUGUUCUAUUUCUUGGUGUACAAAAUGCUACAUCAGUGCAGCCAGUAGUUGCUGUUGAGAGAACGGUUUUCUAUAGGGAAAGAGCAGCAGGGAUGUAUUCCGCUUUGCCCUAUGCUUUUGGACAGGUGGUGAUUGAACUCCCGUACCUAUUCUUUCAAACGCUUGUUUAUGGCUUCAUAGUGUACGCCAUGAUUGGAUUUGAAUGGACUGUUGCCAAGUUCUUUUGGUACCUCUUCUUCAUGUACUUCACCUUGUUAUACUUCACAUUCUACGGGAUGAUGACAGUGGCCGUAACACCUAAUCAUAAUAUAGCUGCUAUAGUUUCAUCGGCAUUCUACGCAUUAUGGAACCUUUUUUCAGGAUUCAUCAUUCCAAAGACGAGAAUCCCGGUGUGGUGGAGAUGGUACUAUUAUAUAUGUCCAAUUUCUUGGACAUUGUAUGGAUUAGUUGCUUCCCAAUUUGGAGAUUUCCAGGAUGAGCUUGAAGGAAAUGAAACAGUGGAGCAAUUUUUAAGAAGGCGUUUAACUUCCAGAAAAGAUAAUCCUUUCUUGACGUGUCUAUUAAAAAAGGUGAAGGUGAUUCAAACUGGAUAA